CACUGAUAGGCGGCACUGACUGGCACUGACAGGCGACACUGACUGGCACUGAUAGGUGGCACUGAUUGGCAGCACUGAUAGGUGGCAUGGAUUGGCAUUGAUAGGUGGCACUGACUGGCACUGAUGGGUGACAUUGAAAGGCAGCGCAGAUGGGCACUGAUAUGUGGCAUUGAUGUGCACUGAUGGGCACUGGCACGUGGCACUGAUACUAAUGAGCACUGACAGGUGGCACUUCUGGGGCCACACUGAUCAUCAGGGCACACUGAUCAUCAGUACCCUGAAGCUGUCAGAGGAGAGAAAUGCCGAUAACCGGCAUUUCCGUGUUUACAUGUGAUCAGCUGUGAUUGGACACAGCUGA